AUCAGCCAUCUCUCUCAGAACCCCGGGAUGGAUAUCAUCUGGCCCUGUGUACUUAUAUACAUUCAGUUUCAUGCGGAGGACUCGGACAUGUUCCAUUGUUACAGUGGGACGGAAUCCCAUGCCACAUCUAAUUCAGAUCUCUCCUCCUUUACAUUAGAACUAUUCCCCCUUUGUCCAAUCACCAGCACCAUACAAAAAGUUCAUUUCCCUGCUCUUUAUAAUCUCCUUUGAAACAAUGGAAGGCUGCACUGAGCAGCCACAUUAAGUGUUUGUGGGGCAGGCACAGAGCAAUGCCUGUGACACCACAGGGCCGUACGGGUCACUGAGGGGCACUGUGAGCUCAAGGGAGAGGGGCUGACCCCAGCAGUCACGGAACCUUCCACUGCCACUCUCGAGCUACCAUGGCAGAGAGAAUUUCUCCACGGAUGCUGACGGUGCUUCCGACACCCGACGCGCAUUUUCCCGGAUCCUUUGUGCCUCCACCAGCCACUGCUGCAGUGCAGCCCACCAUCGGCGGAGCAGUGCCUGUGAUGACUCAACCCCUCCCUGUCUCCAGUGUCACCGGCACGUUGCCUCAGGCCUCUGUCUGCCCUGGGGUACCCGGUGUCCCGGGACAGGGAGUGCAGCUCCCACCUGGGGGGCUUCCCCUAAUGGUGGUUCAGCUCCCACCUGGGGGGAAGCCCCCAGCGGCGGGUCAGCUGCCACCUGGGGGAAUGCCUCCAAAUGUGGGUCAGCUGCCACCUGGGGGGGUGCCCCCCAUUGUGAUCCAGCUCACACCUGAGGGGCUGCCCACUGUUGUGGGUCAGCUCCCACCUGGAGGGCAGCAGUUACCCCUGCUCAUGCUCCUACCUGGCGGGAUGAAGCCAGGUAUGCCUCCCCCCAAUGCCCCUGCUCACUGCUACCAGGGGAUAGCAGGGGCGCUGCAGCCCCAGCAGCAGAUGGGGCUGAAGUCUGGGGCUGUAUUGCGUGGGAAGCCCCCACAGCCCGCAGGCAGCUGCCUGCUGCAGAUAUCUGUAAGCACCGCUGAUCCCCUCUCAGUCUUCACCCGGCUAAACGGUGCCAGGUCACUCAGCUCCAGGCCCCGCGGCCCUCAGGCAGAAAGGGGGCCGGCCGCGUACCACGCGGAUCGCACAACAGCGACGCCGUCACGCCGCCUUGCGACCCCGCCGCCUCAACGUUGCUCCUCCAGUGCGACAGGGGGCGCCAGCGCUGCUCUGCUCUCCCAGGAAAGCGCGGCCCCGCCGGAAGAGGGGUGCCAUCGGGACCGCCCCUUCCCGGAUCGCACGGCCCUCGCUCGGCUCCGGUGGGGUGGGGCUGGCCGUUAG